CAACGUCCCGCCCGCCGCCGCCGCCCCGCCGCCCGCCAUGCUGCCCGCGGGGCUGCUCCGCCGACCCCUCGCCGCCGCCGCCCGCCUGUGCGGGGCGCGGGGCCGCCCGCAGGUACUCGCGUCCCUUGCUACAGGCCCCAGACAAAAUAAUGGCAUUUUCUAUGAAAUUCGCACAUACGAUAUUAAGCCAUCAAGGAUGAAGGAGUUUGUGGAACUGGUCAAUAAGUACUUCCACCUUCGCACAGCUCACUCAGAGCUGGUGGGACUCUGGACUGUGGAGCUGGGAGCGAUGAAUAAGGCUGUCCAUGUGUGGAAGUAUGAUAAUUUUGCCCACAGAACAGCAGUCCGGAAGGCGCUAGCCAAUGACAAGGACUGGCAGGGAAAAUUCAUCUCUCCAGCCCUUACCUGUAUAGAGAAACAGCACAAUGAAGUUGCUUAUCUGGUACCCUGGUGUCAGCUUGGGAAACCUUCAAAAGAAGGGGGUGUAUACGAGUGGGUUACUUUCCAGAUGAAACCUGGUGGGCCAGCUCUGUGGGGUGAAUCAUUCCAGGCUGCAAUCAAUGCUCACAUCAAUACAGGCUACACUAAGCUGAUUGGUGUUUUCCACACAGAGUAUGGGUUACUUAACACAGUCCAUGUGAUCUGGUGGAAUGAGAGCCCAGAUCACCGGGCAGCAGGAAGGCACAGCGCCCAUGAAGAUGCCAGAGUGGUAGCAGCUGUACGGGACAGCGUCAGGUUCUUGGAGUCCCAGCACAACAUGCUGAUGAUUCCUCUGGCAUGCUCACCCCUGAAGUAAGCUUCCCCUAAACGAUGUGACUGAUGGCAGAAAAGACAAGGUGGAAGCACCGUCAGCAAGUACCGUCGCAUGGCUCGUCAUACCCUCAUGAACUGUGUGGUUUGUUCUUCAGUUUACAGUGAAUGGAUGAAAAAUGCUGAUACACCAAAGAAAAUUAGUAAAAUCCUGCACAUGAUAGUUUAUGGUGAUGUUUCUACAUCUCCAGAAAUAGAACAUGAAAAUUAGCUUUGCAGAUCUUUUAUUUUAACAUCUCACUUCUUAAAACUUUUCUGUGUUUACUAAUAGGCCCCAGUAAGUAAAGCGUUGUUUUCCAAGGCUGCAAUUCAGGGUGGUAUCAUUUUCAUAAUGCACAUUGGCGACUCUUCUAAUCAUUGCAUCAUGGGUAUUACAUAUUGUCUUAAGAAUGAAUGCCCCUAUAUCCUUGUAACACGGUUAUGUUUCAUCAGACAUCUCAUUGGGAUGCUUUAUAUUAAUUCUUUGUAAUGUAAAAUUUCAGUGUGGCUACAAUUGUGCCAUGGAGGUGCUACAGUGAAGCUGGUUAGGUGGCGUUCUGAUGGAGUCUGCCCUGACUUCAGUCCUUUCAUUUUGUAUUCUGUAAGCUCGCUUUGAGGAAGUAUUUUAAUGCUUAUUUAGGGUGCUAAAAUUUACAAUCUUGUAUCUCAAAUUCAGCGCAUCCAUACAUGCUUACGUUCUUUGAAAUACUGUCUGCCAGAUUGUUAAAAGCCAAAUAAAUUUGCAUAAAGAAUGAAA